AAUUUUCUUUCUUCUUUUUUAAUCCAGGGUGUCCCGGCAAAGCACAAACGCAAAUCGAGAAUCGAAAGCAGAAGCAAGUGAACAAAGUCCAUACGUCUGUGCUUAGCUGGGAGUACAAAGCAAAAUUGACAUUUGUGUCUGGAUUGAUGACUACGUUUAGUAUUUUACUGGAAAUUACUACUUCUUGUCCUGAUAGGCUUAUUUUGGUUAGCCUAUAUAUAUUUGAUUCAUCGAUCUUUAAAAGAUAGUCCAACAAUACGAAGUUGCUCUUGUCUGCAUUUAGAUAAUGGCAGCUCCAAUUAAUGAGGGAGACAAGUACAGGUCUUACUUGUCAGGAGAGGGAGAGAGAAACACACAGUGGAGGUAUGGUGCUCCUCCCAAUUAUGAUGUUGCAAACAAGCUCUUUGAAGAAGGCAGAACAAAGAUAUGGCCUCCGGGUUCAGUUGAAGAAAAAGUGCAGAACCUUGUGAAGACAUGGGAAAUGGAGAUAUUCAACAAGACCUGUUUUGAUGACUACAAAACAGUCGAUCCAAAGAAGUACAGAUUUAGCCUCAAUGGAAGGGAAGGUAUAACACUAGAAGAGAAAAGAAAGCUUGGAGGAGGUUACAAUUUUCUGCUGCAAACCUCUUUGCCGGACAAGUUCCGGUGCUACAACCCGGCUGAAGAAACUGUAGACUCGGCCCACAAGGCUUUCACGACAGCUUUUCCUCGCGGUUUUGCUCUGGAGAUUCUCCAAGUCUACUCGGGUCCACCAGUGAUCGUGUACAAGUUCAGGCACUGGGCAUUCAUGGAGGGUCCUUUCAAAGGACAUGCUCCCACCGGCGAAAUGGUCGAAUUCUAUGGCAUGAGCGUUUUUGAGUUGGACGAACAGUCGAAGAUCGUGAGGGUUGAGUUCUUCUACGAUCGUGGCGAGUUGCUUGGAAGGCUUGUGAAGGGCAAGGUCUGCGAGGAUUCCGCAAGUGAGAUAUCUUCAAGCUGCCCUUUCUUGAAGAACACAGGGUAGUUGUUAUGUGUGUGGCUCUAAGACUUAAAAGGAACAAUCUCAGUCUUUAUGUGGGCGUAAUCUAUACUUUUAGAUGCUGGUUCUUCCCUCUGUCUGUGUCCAAUAAGUUAAAUGGUCCUUGUUAGUACUUAAGGGUACAAAUAAAGGCAUAUAUGGCUAUAAUUUGGAUGUACCAAUUGGGAGUUGUGGUUUUAUUGAUCUCUUCACUUUUCA